AUGGCCGGAAAUGAAACCAGCAGUGACUUGGAUCAGAUUCUGAGGGAAAAAUUUACGAAUGAAUUUCGUAAAGGAUACACAACGGUGCAAGGUGUUUGUUUGCCAAUCAGGUACGAAGAAUUCUCGCGAGAGAUUGAAAAUUUCGAAGUCAGGGAGGACGAUGUCUGGAUUUGCAGUUUCCCUAAAACCGGAACAACGUGGACGCAGGAAAUGAUUUGGUGCAUUGCAAAUGAUCUGGACUUCGAGGGAGCGAAAGUUCGCUUAGCCGAAAGAUUUCCCUUUUUAGAGUACUCUGUACUUUUUGAUUACACCGAUAUUAUACCACUACAUCCGGAGAUCGAGCUCCCUCAGUUGGUUUUAGAUAGCGUGGCUUAUACGAAAAAUCAACUUAGUCCAAGAUUUAUCAAGACCCAUUUGCCUUUUGCUUUACUUCCUCGCCAGCUUCGAACAGGCGAAAAGCGUCCGAAAAUUAUUUAUGUCGCCAGGAACCCCAAAGAUACCUGUGUAUCUUAUUACUAUCAUUGCAGAUUAAUGGAAGGAUAUCGUGGUGAUUUUCACAACUUCUCUCGUCUUUUCUUAGGAAAUAAAUUGAGCUUUACUCCGUACUGGGAUCACAUUCUUGAUUUCUGGAAUAGAAAGGCUGAUCCUAAUAUUUUAUUUCUGAGAUACGAAGAAAUGAAAUCUGAUUUGUCCGCGGUGAUAAAGAAAUCGACCGCAUUCUUUAACAAAACCAUGACUGACGAUCAAAUGAAAGCCUUAACGCAGCACUUGAGUUUUGCCAGUAUGAAAUCAAAUCCGGCAGUGAACUACGAGGACCACAUCAAAAUGAACAAACAAAUGAAAUCUAUCAGUGCCGACGGAGAAUUUAUUCGAAGUGGUAAGGUCGAUCAGUGGAAAGAAGAAAUGUCUGAUAGCGUGAUCGAACAGUUUGAUAAACUGACGAAAGAAAACUUUUCUACGCGAAAUCUUUUCUUCUGA